GCACAGCGACUCGACCCCGGCGGCGCGGACGCGACGCCGUUCGCGCCCGGAGCAGGAGCCCAGAGCCCGCGCCGGGGCCCCCCUCGAGGCUGCCCUGCAGCACACCAGGAACGCCAUGCAGGGGGCUCUGCCGCCCCUGCCGACACUGCUGCUGCUGCUGCUGGGGUGUGGGCCACGGGCGUCCUCUGGCGGCGGGGCUGGGGGGGCAGCAGGCUAUGCCCCAGUGAAGUACGUGCAGCCUAUGCAGAAAGGACCUGUGGGACCUCCCUUCCGUGAGGGCAAGGGCCAGUACCUGGAAAUGCCUCUACCUCUGCUGCCAAUGGACCUCAAAGGAGAGCCAGGUCCCCCUGGGAAACCUGGGCCUCGGGGCCCCCCUGGCCCUCCUGGUUUCCCAGGAAAACCAGGCACCGGAAAGCCAGGACUCCACGGACAACCUGGGCCUGCCGGCCCCCCUGGCUUCUCCCGCAUGGGCAAGGCUGGUCCUCCUGGGCUCCCUGGCAAGGUUGGACCACCAGGGCAGCCGGGGCUCCGGGGAGAGCCGGGGAUACGAGGGGACCAGGGCCUCCGGGGCCCCCCAGGGCCCCCUGGCCUCCCUGGCCCCUCAGGCCUUACUGUUCCUGGAAAACCAGGUCCCCAGGGGGUGCCAGGCCCCCCAGGAUUCCGGGGGGAGCCAGGGCCCCAAGGGGAACCUGGGCCCCCAGGAGUGCGAGGCAUCAAGGGGGAUAAUGGAGUGGGUCAGCCAGGGCUGCCUGGGGCUCCUGGGCAGGGUGGUGCCCCUGGGCCCCCUGGCCUCCCAGGCCCAGCUGGUGUGGGCAAACCAGGCUUGGAUGGACAACCGGGGGCUCCUGGAGACAAAGGAGACUCUGGGCCUCCUGGGGUUCCAGGCUUGAGGGGGGAGCCAGGAGCUGUGGGUCCAAAAGGUCCCCCUGGGGUAGAUGGUGCGGGUGUGCCAGGAGCAGCAGGGGUGCCUGGGCCCCAAGGUCCAGUAGGGGCCAAAGGGGAGCCAGGGGCCCGGGGCCCUCCGGGCCUUAUUGGCCCCACUGGUUAUGGGAUGCCAGGACUGCCAGGCCCCAAGGGGGACAGGGGCCCAGCUGGGGUCCCAGGGCUCUUGGGGGACAGGGGCGAGCCAGGGGAGGAUGGGGAGCCAGGGGAGCAGGGCCCACAGGGCCUGGGGGGCCCCCCUGGACCUCCUGGGUCUGCAGGGCUCCCUGGUAGACGAGGACCUCCUGGAGCAAAGGGGGAGGUAGGUCCCGAGGGACCCCCAGGAGUGCCUGGCAUUCGGGGUGACCAAGGGCCCAGUGGACUGGCUGGGAAACCUGGGCUUCCAGGUGAGAGGGGACUUCCUGGCACCCACGGACUCCCUGGACCAGCUGGGCCCAAGGGUGAGCCAGGUUUCACAGGUCGCCCUGGGGGACCAGGGGCGGCAGGAGCUCUCGGGCAGAAGGGUGACUUGGGGCUCCCUGGGCAGCCUGGCCUGCGGGGUCCCUCAGGAAUCCCAGGACUCCAGGGUCCAGCUGGCCCUAUAGGGCCCCAGGGUCUUCCGGGCCUGAAAGGUGAACCAGGCCUGCCAGGGCCCCCUGGAGAGGGGAAAAUAGGGGAACCUGGUUCUGCUGGGCCCACAGGGCCUCCUGGUGUCCCAGGCUCCCCAGGACUCACAGGCCCUCCUGGGCCUCCUGGGCCUCCGGGCCCUCCUGGCGCCCCAGGGGCCUUUGAUGAGACUGGCAUCGCAGGCUUGCAUCUGCCCAAUGGUGGUGUAGAGGGCGCUGUGCUGGGCAAGGGGGGCAAGCCACAGUUUGGGCUGGGCGAGCUGUCAGCCCACGCCACACCGGCCUUCACCGCGGUCCUCACUUCGCCCUUCCCCGCCUCAGGGAUGCCCGUGAGGUUUGACCGGACUCUUUACAAUGGCCACAGUGGCUACAACCCGGCCACUGGCAUCUUCACUUGCCCUGUGGGUGGCGUCUACUACUUUGCUUAUCACGUGCAUGUCAAGGGCACCAACGUGUGGGUGGCCCUGUACAAGAACAACGUGCCGGCCACCUACACCUACGACGAAUACAAGAAAGGCUACCUGGACCAGGCAUCGGGCGGGGCCGUGCUGCAGCUGCGGCCCAACGACCAGGUCUGGGUGCAGAUGCCCUCGGACCAGGCCAACGGACUCUACUCCACCGAGUACAUCCAUUCCUCCUUUUCAGGAUUCUUGCUCUGCCCAACAUAACCCGUGUGCAGCCGUGCUGCCCUGGCCUCCUCCUCUUUAGUGGUAGAGCGACCUUUUCAGUUACAAAGACCUCCAUUUAAAGAAAAAGACCAAAGGCUGAACAGAGGUGGCGGCGGCCUUGGCCCCUACAUGUGGCUGAGAUUUUCUGGAAGGGGCUGGCCUGAGUUCCUCUCACCUAGAUGUCUGAGCAGUGUCGGGGCUGCACCCUGGCCCUACCCUGUGGGACUCUAGGAUAUUUGGCUCAGCCCCCAUGAGUCCUGGACGCCGCUGGUCCCUGACAGAGCCGGGAGGGCCUAGGCUCCCUCGUCCACUUGCCUGCUGGCCCCUGGAGAGCACCUGCUCUAGGAGUGGGGCUCUUCACUUCCCUGGGGACAGCCUGCAUGUGACAGUGGGUCAUCUCCAGGAGGAAGGAAGAAGAGGUGGCCCUUGCGGUGGUUAGCGUGGACACCCUGCCAGGAGCUUGGCGCCAGGAUGAUGCUGCUGUGUGGGCCUGUCCGUGGUGGGGCCUCUCUUGCAGGCAUCUGGGAAGGGUCAAAACCCUUUCUGUGCUUCGGCAGCAAUCCUGGGGAAAGGCAGCCCGCAGAGGGUAGGAGCGUGGAUCUGGGGCAGAGCAAACGGCUGCUCCUCCGUCUCCCCGCUUUGUUUAGCAUGAGGACAACGCACAGGCCCUGGGGACUGCCGUGGCUGUGAUGUGUCUGGAGGUGUGCACAGUGUGGCACCAGGCAGGACCGAGGGCAGCAAGCACGAGUGCUCCUCUGCCUCCCUUUGCACCUGCCAGGGGUGGGCCAGUUUCCUCACGCCGGAUUGUAAGAGGACCCUUGCUGUCGCCAACCCAAGUGUCUCAAAGGCAGAGCACCUCUCAUUUGCCCUGGACAAGGGGUGCACAAGCUCGGGAAUGAAGCUCCCACUUGUUUUUCCUUAAUAAGAACCACAUGGUGGAUGGGUGUCUCUACUAGAGGGUUAAUCUGGGGAGCCUUCCUCUGCUUCCACCUCUGGUUCCAAUUACCUGUUCUAAGCAGGAUUAGGGCCCGGGAGGACUAGGCUCUGAGGAAGGGUGCCGCAGGCCUGGGCUGGGUUCCCUCUGGAUGUGUCUGGUGUUCUCCGCAGCUAGGGCGCCUCUGCAGGAAGCAGCCCCCACCCUUCAGUGCGAGCUGCAAUGAGUGCUGGGGGCAGCGAUGGUGGAUGUGGCCCAUGGAAGGGUGGUCACCCACCUACCCUACCAUUUGAGAUUUCACUCACCCCUCACCAAGCUAACCACUUCCCUGCACCAAGGGUGAGCGCUGCUCUCACUCUGGCCAAAGCCAGACUGCCUGUGUUGAAAGGGGAGGCUGACUGGUGACUGCUGGCUUGCUAAGCUGUGGUCCCCCGGGCUGCUUGACAGCCAGCCCUCCUCCCCUGCCCACAGCUUCUUCAAAGCGGGCAUUGGCUCUCAAAGGGAGGAAUGCAAAGUUGAAUCUGUCCAAGUGAGACUUUGAGAAAAGGUUUUGGCCGGGGUUCAUGGCGGACUUCUUCCUCCCCAACACCCGAGAGAAUCAUCUAAGGCGUCUCAGCAGGCCUGGUGGGGCCCUUUCUGCUCAACCUCCUUCCCUGGGUGAAAGCCACUGUCAUUUGACUCCUUAAUGAUGGGUGCUGAUUGGCAGAAAUUAAUCAGCUCCCAGCAGGAGCCCGGGGAACCAAACAAGACCCCAAAGGGAGCCCAAAAGCAGUUUGCGAGCUGAGCUUCUGCCAGGUCUCCUUCCUGAAGCCUCUAGGGGAGGUGGUUGAUGUUUCUGAAGUGUUUAUGGGAUUCGAGGUGCAGGUGUCCAGUUACCUGACUUGCUUUGAUAAACGACGUCAGGUUUUAACUAUGAAAAAUACAUUACUUUGUGCGUUUUUGUAUGCUAAUUCUUAAUUUCUUAAAGAUGGUUUAAGUGUUUCCCACUAGUAAAUUCAUUUCUAACCUGGUAUAGGCAGUUUAGUUCUCUACUCAUAUGUGCCCUGUGUCACAGGUUCGGGAAAAAAUGCACUGGGGAGACAGAAAAAAAAAAAGGGACUUCAUUUUGAAAAGAGAAACAACAGUAUUGGCACAACCUCAAUAAAAACUGUCAUGUAAAACCGC